GGCACCACCACCAUCUACAACACCUCCACCUCCACCGAACCACACGCGACCGACAACACCACGCGCGCGCGCCACCCACAAUGUCGACGCCCUCCUCCCCACUUUCGCCAUACUCCUCGCCCUCCCCCCCGCCGCCCAAGCGCCGGGCCUCCACCGCCUUCAGCUCUCCGCACUCGUCUGACCACGAGCACCCGGACCUGCUAUCCUCCGACGUCUCAUCGGACACCAGCGGCUCGGUUCCGGGCUCGCCGGGCCCUGCGGACACGCACGAUGACGACGGCCCCGCGGAGCAGGUCUCGGUGUGCCGCUGGGACGGGUGCCUCGCGGACAUGGGGAACAUGGACGAUCUCGUCAAGCACAUACACGAGGAGCACAUCGGCACGCGCAAGGCGACGUAUGCGUGCAUGUGGGACGAUUGCAUGCGCAAGGGGAUUACACAUGCGAGUGGCUAUGCGCUCCGCGCGCACAUGAGGAGCCAUACCAAGGAGAAGCCGUUUUAUUGCUCGCUGCCGGAGUGCGAUAGGAGUUUUACCCGCUCAGAUGCCCUGGCGAAACAUAUGCGCACUGUGCACGAGACGGAGGCCCUGCGCCCCUCCGAUCCGGUACCGAAGAGUCAUCCGCUACACCCGCACAAUGCGCCGAGAAAGGCAAGAGCUGGAGGAGGCGCGAGGACUGAUCGCUCAGCACCCGCAUUUUACGGGGCUGAAGACGGCUACGACAGCGAUGAGGAAAAGCUCCCGCCGAAGGAGCUGCUGAGGUUGCUGAAGCAGAAGCAGACAUGGGCCGAGAGGGAACAGCAGGACCUCACGGAUGCUCUGGCGAAGUUGGAGGGGAAGAGGAAGGAGGCGUGGGUUAAGAAGGAGAUGCUGCUCAACAGAGUGCUGGAUAUGGAGUUGGGCGAGGAGGAGGCCCGGAAGGUUAGCUUGGAUUGGGUGUAGCAGAUGCUGGGACAUCGAUCAAGGUCAUGGGAGUACGGAGUUUGCUUUUGCGGUCUGUUAUGUUGCUUUGAUAUACUGGUAUGCGCGGUUGCGAUUGUGGAUGAAUUUGAAAAGCAAUAUUCUGCCUGGCUAAUUGGUGUUUUAC